AUGUUAUCUUUGAAGCUUGGGUGUCUCUCGACCGCCAUUGUCAAUUCAACUUGCUUAGCUACGAACCAGACAUGUGUCUGUGCGGACGAGUCGCUUCAAUCGGCCGUAGGCAUUUGCGUCUCGGAGAAUUGCACUGUAAAAAAUGCUCUCACUACCAAGAACGCAACGAUGGAGUAUUGCGGCGAGCCUAUUCGUCAACGUUCCGUCCAGUACGAUACCUUUAGUGUGGUGGUGGUGAUAAUUUCUGGUUUAUUCAUUGUCCAGAGAUUCGCAUUCAAGAUCUACGCGAAGCUUGAACUACGCCUCGACGACUGGUUCGCUUUACUAGCAUCCAUUAUCAGUAUCCCGCUAACAGCCAUUGCCAUUUGCGGUGUCUCGGCCAACGGCCUAGGCCGAGAUAUAUGGACCUUGACAUUCGACCAGCUAUAUGAUUUCGGCAAAUACUUUCUGAUCUUGGAAAUUCUCUAUUUUACUGAGAUUACCAUUCUUAAGCUCGCCAUGCUCUUUUUGUAUCUACGCAUCUUCCCGGCCGCCUCGAUCCAACGGACGCUGUGGGGCACCAUCAUCAUCAACUCGCUAUUCGGUAUUAUCUUCGUGGUUAUCACCACCUUCGUUCAGUGCCGACCCAUCAGCUACUUCUGGAAAAUGUGGGAUAAUGAACACGAAGGAACCUGUCUGAACCUGACCGCGAUCGGUUAUUCUAACGCUUGUAUCAGUAUUGCACUGGAUCUAUGGAUGCUUGCAAUCCCGUUGGUACAAAUCAGAUCUCUGAAUUUGAGCUGGCAAAGGAAGAUUGGCGCUGGUGCCAUGUUCUUUAUUGGCAGCUUUGUCACUGUUGUGAGUAUCCUUCGUCUUGGUUCUUUAGUCAAGUUCGGAGCUCAUUCACGAAACCCAACCUGGGAAUAUGUUGAGGUGACCAUAUGGUCACAGGUUGAGAUAAAUGUCGGAAUCAUCUGCACCUGCAUGCCCUCAUUCCGACUGUUCAUCCAUCGGCUAUUCCCCAGGCUCCAAAGCACUGCCGAGAGGUAUUCAUCCAGCUACGACAGAAGAAACCCCUCUGCAAUGAUGGAGAGUGGAAUUAGGCAUUCCGGAGCUAGACACAUCGCGAUUGUGGAGGUGGACUAUAGUCGAAAGGGAUCGCAAGCAGCCAUUUGCCGAGAGCCACCAGGUCUGGAUCAUAUUGAGAAUGAUGAUACUGAAUUGGUUGAGAUGGAUAUUGAAGUCAGAGGCUCGAGGUCUCUGUAG